AUGGAGGAAAUUGAAACCAAGCUCUUCAGCAGUGACAAAGAGGAAGCUUUCAAAAGAGAACUGCCAUAUUGUAUAGGAGAAAUAGACUUCACAGCUUCUGGGAAGAAACGUGGAAAGUUUAUUAAGGUCCCGAGCACCAUUCAUCCUGGAAUCAUAUUUGAAGUUAUGCUCAACAAAUGGAAGCUACCUGCUCCCAAUUUGGUUGUAUCUUUAGUAGGGGAAGAAGAAAAUUUCCAGAUGAAGCCUUGGCUACGGGACACCUUAAAAAAAGGACUUAUAAAGGCAGCUCAAAGCACAGGUGCCUGGAUUUUUACCAGUGCUUUACGUGUGGGAAUAACGAGACACUUGGUGCAAGCAGUCCGAGAUCAUGCACUGGCUAGUACUUCAUCCAAAGUAAGAGUGAUUGCCAUAGGAAUAACUUCCCUCAGAAAAAUUCAGCACAGAGAAAUUCUGGACAACACAAAGAAUGAAAGUCUUGUACAUUACCAAUCAGAUGAUAAUAUCCAAGGCCCACUGUAUUCCCUGGACCAUAACCAUUCCCAUUUUAUUUUGGUGGAUCACAUAACACCAGAUGAGCCAGAUGGAACCACUAAGCUACGUCUCACCUUGGAAAAGCAUAUAUCAGAACAGCGUACUGGAUAUGGUGGAACGGGUAGCAUUGAGAUCCCUGUACUUUGCUUACUGGUAAAUGGAGGACCAGGCACACUUGAGAGAAUUUGCAGCGGUUUGGAAAAUUCUGCUCCCUGGCUUAUCUUAGCAGGGUCUGGAGGUACAGCUGACAUCUUAGCUGCAUUCAUGAAUGACCCUCAGUUUAUCAUGCCAGAAGCUGUUGAAAAACAAUUUAAGGAGAAAUUCCCUGCAGAAAGCUUCUUGUGGAAGGACAUUCUCCAAUGGACAGCAACGAUUCAGAACAUUAUUUCACACGAACAUCUUCUAACUCUGCACAACUUUGAGCAAGAUGGUUCAGAAGAACUAGACACAGUAAUUUUAAAAGCUUUAGUAAAAGCCUGUAAAAGUCACAGCCAGGAGGCUCAGGAAUAUCUCGAUGAACUGAAGCUGGCAGUGGCCUGGAAUAGAGUGGACAUAGCUAAAAGUGAAAUAUUCAAUGGUGAUGUGGAGUGGAAG